AUGAAAAGGGGGCUCUGCACCUGUGAUAUGCUUAUCAAUAUCUGUCUGUGUCUGCUUGGCUACGUGCCGGGCCUUGUGCAUUCCUGGUAUAUCAUUCUGAAGUCUCCUGACCGCGUGCGGAUGGAGGACCUUGAGCGCCACCAGAUCAUCAUCAAUUCUCCGCCCGCCACCGCCUCCAUGGUUAUCUCGCGUCAGCCAGACCAAACGCGCAUUCGGUUCAGCCACCCGGAGCCUUUCAAGACCCAGGCCCGCCACAGCCAAGACAUUUUCGAGCAGGGCGCGCUUAGCCCACUUUCGAGCACGCCUUUCCUCAACCGGCCUCCGGCACAGCCUUCCCAGCUGAACAACGUCACUUACGGCUCCAUCGAGGACGACCAAUCUGACGAGGCUCCUCCAAGCUACGACAACGUGAUGAACGAAACGAGCAAGCAAUUCCAAUAG